AAAUGCACGAACAUAUGUUCAUGCAACGAAGGGUCAAUUUCAUAAUAAUAAAUACUUUUAUUAGAAUGAAUAUAAUUUAACUUUGCUACAGCAAAAUAAGUAUAUCUCCCUUUCAUUCUUUAUUUAUUUAUUUUUAGAAUACCUUCAUUUUUUACCUUGUGACAACUGACAAGAAAGGUUUUAGACUAAUGUCACACGUCAUUGAGUAUUUUCACUAGUUCUACAUUUCCCCCUUUUAAAUACUCACUAAUCUUCUUACCCUAAAAAAAAAUAAAAAAUACUCACUAAUCUUCUCUAAAAAAAUUACAGUGUGUAAUUACCACAAAUGCAUCCAAACAAGGCCUAAAGUAGCAUACGCGCGCGAUGCAGUUGGGGGAAACUGAAAUUUGAAAUCUUCAGCUGAGUAACUGUUAAACACUCAACCAUCAAUCCUCUUUUUUCUUCUUCUUCCUCUCACAAAUUCCACCAAAUCUUCCAACCAAUGGAAUCGUGAGAUCAGGGAUACACAAUGAAUUCCCCAGUUGUUGAAUUUCACUCCAAAAAUCCACCAAAGUUCUAUGGCUUCCACACUUUCGCAGAGCCCGGCUGCCCCAUUACUCUCACCGGCGCCUUCAGAGACAACAUUCGCCGUUUUCUUCAAGAAUGCGCCGCCAUCGAGGAUUACGAUCUCGGCGGCAUGCCGAUUUGGCGCACCUUUUUGGUGUACGAGAGUAAAGGAACGGUUCUUCCCCUUUACACCGUCGAAGAGAAAGUGGCGGAUUCCGAUCGGCCAUUCUGCGAUUACUGUCGCUGCGUUGGGUGGAGCCACCAUUUCGUAUCGAAGAGGAAGUAUCACCUUAUAAUUCCAGCGAAUGAUGAAUGGGAUGAUCCCAUUGAUGAGAGCGUUUUUGAUCUGCAAACGCACCUCCUGCAUGGUUUGAUCCACUGCAACGGCUUCGGGCACUUGAUAUGCAUCAAUGGGAUUGAAGGGGGUUCCAAAUUCAUAUGUGGUAGAGAGAUUAUGGACCUCUGGGAUCGUAUCUGUACAACUCUUAGUGUGAGGCAAAUCACGGUUGAAGAUUUGUCGAAGAAGCACGAAAUGGAACUCCGGUUGCUUCAUGGAGUUGCUUAUGGGCGCUCCUGGUUUGGUAAAUGGGGUUAUCAAUUCUGCCAUGGGAGUUUUGGUGUAAAGGAGCACAACUAUGGAAGUGCAAUCGAUCUUCUCAGCUCCUUGGACCUUGAUCGAAUAAUCCAAGAUUUCAGUUUUGUGAAGGCAUGCUUUGAUCUCAAGCAGAUGAUCGAGUACUACAGAAAUAUGAGUGGCAACAAUUUGGCUACAGUUAGAGGCUUAUUCAGGUUUAUGUUUACAGUGAAGUCGACAACUCCAACUACACGAUAUUCCACCAUAGUUGCAUCAUGGCCUGAGAAAAAAAAGGUGAUUUUCUCAACUCAUAUCAGAAAGUGUUCUUCCAAAUUCCCCACUAAGCUUGCUCCCACGACCAGCUUCUUUAGAAAGGAAAAGCCUACAAAGUGCAGAAAAUUUUCCAAUCUUGCUGCUAAGAUGGAUAGUAGAUGGCCGGUUAGAAGACUCGAGCAUGUUGCAGAAGUCAUUGCUGAAGCCUUGAAGGAAAAACGAGCAGCAAAAAACACCGGCAGUUGUGGAAUGACCAGGCAGGAGGCGCGUGAUGCAGCACGCCUCCAUAUUGGUGAUACGGGGUUGAUUGAUCACGUCCUCAAGGCGAUGAACAAUGUAAUUGUUGGGGAUCACAUUGUUCGUCGUGCUGUGAACAGAGCGACCAAGGUGCUGGAGUACACCAUUCAAGAUCUCAAGUGUAAUGAUGAGAAACAGUUUUACCCCUCAAAAGUUGUGAAGCCAUCUUGGACAUGUUGUCUUGGUCCGGGGAGAAGCGUUUACAACGACGUCGCCUAUCUCUAUAAAAAUGUGUUGCUGGGCUAUCCAGAGUGUGAAUCUGUGGAAUCUGCGGCUCAAAUGAUUCUUCACAGUAAGCAUUUUGUGAAGGAGUUCCCAUUUAGAGAUGAAGAUGCCGAGUCGCUGAUGUUCAUUUGCAAACUAAUAUUGAGCUCGGUUGAUCUCAAAGCCGAUCUUUCUUAUGAAUUCACAGCCGUGGAGCAUGUAGAUGUUCCUCUCUACGCUACAGUCGGUGAUCUCAAGAUGGCAGUGGAGAAUGCAUUUCGUGACACUUACUGCAUGCUGGAGAAGUUGCAAGUGACAGAGAUUUUAGAGCUGGAAGAAGUGGAAGACGAGGAAGUCCUGUUUGGGAUCGUUCAGUCAGGUAUGGAGCUCCAUGUGAAGGGUUGUGGAACGGACAUGGAGAGUAACUUGAGAUAUGAAGGUGGGAUAGAGAACUGGACUGUAAAAUGCAAGUGUGGGGCGAGAGACGAUGAUGGGGAAAGAAUGGUUGCCUGUGAUAUCUGUGAGGCGUGGCAGCAUACGCACUGCUGUGGUAUCGAAGAAGCUGAGGCUGUGCCAAGAUUGUUUGUGUGUGAGACCUGCUGUACCUCACUUGUAACGAUGCAGAGACCAUGUGGCUUGACAUACGGCUACGAGUCGUGUGAGGGCUCUUUGCUGAAGAGUCAUUUGCGUGAGGUUGGUAGUUCUGUGAUUUGUGUAGAGUUUUAUGUACAUGUGCAAUUGUAGAAUCUCUCUUACACUGUAAAUUCUACUUUGUAUAGACUGAAAAUUUGUAUCAUAUCUUUUGAGGUAAAGUCUAUUGCAAGAUUAAGUUGUAAAUCAGAGUCAUUGUGAUUGAUCUUAUAACUUUGAACAUUUUUUGAGGGGUGAAAAACAAGAAAGAGCAAGUAUGACAACAUUAUCAAAUCUUGAAAUUCUGUGUUGUUUACAAAGAAUUGAAUGAAUUCUACAAAAAUGUGCGACUGUAUCUGUAUUUUCUGUACACAAAAAAGUUUAGUUUGAUCUUUUGAUAUACUUAAAUCCCAUGGAGGAAUCAAAGCAAUCCAACUUAUCUCUAUACAGAUUCAUUAGUUUGAGCAAAUCAGUGACUUUGUCCUUAAUUCUUUCCCCACUCCCAAUUUGCAGCACAACCAAGAGCUUCUGAAAAGCACCGAGCUGCACUGCCUCAACCAGAGCACUCUCAUUCUCCCCCAUGCAGAGCUUCCAAAGGGUGGAGAUGGCGAGCUCUGUGGCGACAUCUGAGACGCGCAGAAUCUUCUUCACGAGCAACGGGACUGUCAGCGCGUUCUCGUUUGCGCUCUCCCUCCCUUGUUUACAACUGCAGAUGGUGUCCAUCACACCCAAAGCCUUCUCACAAACACUUUUGUCGCCAUCAACAAGGACUUCAAGAAUCAAUGAGAUGAGCCCCAUUUGGACAAAUCUCAAUGCAGCUUUCUCACCCUUGUCUGCAGAGGAAAUCAUGUAGUUGAUCACCACCAAACUUGCCUUGGUGGCCUUGGGGCAAAUUGGUACUUUCACAAUCUGAAAUAGAGCUUCCUCAACUCCUUCAAUCCCCAUUAGGCCAUCGAUACACCCUUGAUCCGCAGAGACCAGGUCUCGCAACACACAGACCGCGUUCUGCCUCGACGACAGAUCGUCCUCGGCCUUCAACAACCGCGCCAUGCAACGUAGAGAAACCGCAGAUUUUAACCUCGAGACGCCGUCUCGAUCGGCCGGAAACGUCCACGUCAGCGCGGAUAAGAUCUCUUUGAUUAGGUCUUCAUUCUCUUCAACUGAAAAACGCGCGAAGGACUCGAACGAUUCGGCUAGCGCCGAUCCCACGCCAUUCGCCACGAUGCAGCGCUUGUUGUGCUCGCUCUCUUUAGCGGAAUUCUUCGUCUUCACAAGCAGCUCCUGUAAUUUUCUGGCGUCGCCGCAGCGCGCCGCCGCCUCCAUUCUGGCGCAGAUCUCGGAAACCUCGUAGCGGCUGAUGGGGAUCCGCGGCGUGGGGAUCCGCUCCACGCCGUAGGAUUUGUUGGCGACGCACCAGUCCUGGAUCAUCUUCCUGAUGGAGUGGUUGGGAAUUUGAUCGAAGUUUCGCAGCACCUGGUUGGUGACGGGGCAUGUUACCUUUCCGGCUUCGAUCCAUUUCUCGAUGCUGUCGCGGUCGUAGGUGAUCCCCGUCGACAGCGUCACCGGAUCCUUCAUCAAAUCGAGCGAGAUCGGACAACGGAAAUGGCUGGGGAUCGUGAGCUCCAUUUCUUGGCCGAUCGCCUUCGCCGCGGCGAUCUUCCCCCUCCUCCGCCUCCAUGAAAAAGUCAUUAUUCUUAGUUAGAGAAAGUAUGUGUGAUCGUUGUUUAUUGCUGUUUUUCGUUUUUUUGUUU